AAACACUUUUUCUAUCAGAAAACAUCUUUGAAUGUCUUUCACACCAGACCACAACUGGCUUCUUAGUUAUGUUUAAGGAAUCAUAUUGUGUUCUUUGUUCUUAAGAACUACAAAAACAAGCCUAACAUAGUCUGUGAUGUCUGUCUGUGGCGUCUGUCUGUUCCCUGGUCCUGCUGUCUGCUGUGUGGGGUUAAUCAUCGUGAUCACACUCACCUGUGUCUGAUCAGCUUCACUCGUGUCACCUGGUGCCCUGGGUAUAUGUACCUCUCUCCCUCACUCUCUUGUCUGUUUGUGUUAAGGCCUGUUAAAGGUUCAAGCCUUGAGGAUCAUGUUUGGGAAUGUUCCAAGCCCUGUAGUUAAUGCCUGGUUUCUGUUCAAAUUUUAUUCCUAUGGACUGAUUGCCCAACGGGGACAGAAUCUUACGAACUUCCUCAGGACGUCACCUACAUUUCCUUGAUGACCCGGGUUGGAUUCUUGACCCUCUGAUUGUUUUUGCUUAUAUCGAAUCACAGUGAAAUAUGGGAACUUUACUGCUUCACUUUGUGGUAAUCAUUGUGGCUGUCAACAAAAUAAGUUGCCAGCUAGGUUGCCACCCACAAGCUUUACUUGAAUGGAACCCUAAAAAACAAACAGUCCAGAUGAACUGGACUCUUGUAGGAAACAUCUGUAAAAACAGGUCUGACUGUUUUGGUGCCCAGGAGGGAGACGGAUGGAGCAGACACCUCAGCUUCCCACAGAUAUGUCCACUUCAGCUGCAAUUCGGAGACAAAUUGCUGAUGACCGCUGAUGGAACACUGGAGUCAUACGGCAUCAGGAUCCUCAAUGUAUCAAAAGAGAACUUUGACAGCUGUUCCACAGACGGACAAGAAAAUGAUCAAUUUCUUUUCCCCUUCAAUAUAAAUGGAAGCGCGCAAGUCGGGGUAAAGUGGCUUUUCCCGGGUCAUCAUUACUUCAUCGCUCUACAUGAGGGAGAUACACAGCUCUGCAAACUUGGCUUGAGGCUGAACGUGUCUGUUAAAAUGCAGCUCUGUCAGAGUUCUCCUCUGCUUCGCCUUUGUUCAGGGAACGGCAUUUGUCAAACAGACCUUUGGGAAGGUGCCUACCACUGUCGGUGCCACCGCAACUAUUCUGGGAGGUUUUGUGAAAAGUUCGAUGCUUGUUUGGACAACCCUUGUAAAAACAAAGGAGUCUGUUUGAGCAAUGGAUCCACCGAUCCAACCAGGAAAACACACAAAUGUCUGUGUCCUCCACAUUUUACAGGAGUAAACUGCUCUGAGGUCAUCGGAAAAGAAAACUGUGAGAGAGUUUGUGAUCAUGGGACGUGCGUUCAAGUGUCAUCAGUUUCCUACACAUGCAUGUGUGACACAGGGGUAAAUGGACCACCUUGUGAGAAGAAAAAAGGCGCCUGUCAGCCAAACCCCUGCAGAAACGGCGGCCUGUGUGAAGAAAGCCCUGAAGGCUUCCUUUGUCACUGUCCGGUGAGAUUCCAGGGCCUCGACUGCGAUUCCAGGGUUGACGUUGAUUGUGCGUCAUUGUCAUGUCAGGACGGCCAGCAGUGCACCGGAGGGGAACAUGUCUCUGAGUGUGUUUGUACAGAUGGCAUUGUGGUCCCAACAUGCAGGAGGCAGCUGAACCCGUGCAGCCCAUCACCGUGUCUCAACAACGCCACCUGCACAUCCAGGGGAAAUGCUUAUUACUGCAGAUGCCUGAGAGGAUUUUCUGGAAAGAAUUGUGAAAAAAUAAUUGACUACUGCAGGCUGCUCAAUAUCAACUGCCUGAAUGAGGGAUUGUGUUUGAGUGUAAUUGGUGGAUAUCAGUGUCUUUGUGCCCUGGGAUGGACCGGAACGUUCUGUCAGUAUGUAGAAGACGCCUGUCUAAUUAAACCAAACAGCUGUUUGAACGGAGCCACUUGCAUUACAACGAACCAGCCUUCGGCCCCCCCUCAGUACACUUGUAAAUGCCCCCACGGCUUCAAGGGGAUCAAUUGUGAGAUUGAAAUCAAUGAGUGUGACUCCAGCCCCUGUCUGCACGACGGCACCUGCACUGACCUGGUAGGACGCUACGAAUGCCGGUGUCCGACAGGGUUUCAUGGAAAAAAUUGUGAUGUUGACAUUGACGCCUGCGCGCUCCCCAACAACACGUGUCCAUUCAAGACCCAGUGUGUAGAUCUGCCAGUCAAUCUUGAAUACACAUGCCGCAUACCCUGCCCUGAAAACCUUCAACCCUGUGCCCACGGAGGACGAUGCGUGUUGAAAGGGUCCCGGAGCUACACCUGUAUCUGCAUGCCUGGUUGGUCCGGUCACAACUGCCAUAUAAAUGUCAAUGAUUGUGUUCAACACUGGUGUCAGAAUGGAGCCACUUGCCUGGAUGAGGUAGACAGUUAUAGCUGCCUGUGUCCCCGAGGAUACACAGGCCUUUUCUGUGAGCAGGACAUCGAUUACUGCGUCGGCCAUGCCUGCUCGGAACACGGCGUUUGCCUGGACCAGCGGUAUAACUUCACCUGCCGCUGCAUGCCCGGGUUUGAAGGGUCACUGUGUGAACUGGAAAUAAAUGAGUGCAGCAGCUUCCCAUGUGCAAGCGGGGCCACCUGUGUGGAUCUAAUCAGUGAUUAUCUGUGCCACUGUCCCCCGGGGUUUGAAGGAAGAAGCUGUUCUCAGAGUGUGAGUGAUUGUUGGUCUCAGCCCUGUCUAAAUGGAGGCUCCUGUAUGGAUCUGGCAAAUGACUACAUUUGUCACUGUCCCUCUGGGUUUGGGGGUUGGAGCUGUGAAAUCAACUAUGAUGAAUGCGUCCAUGGAUAUUGUGCCAAUAAUUCCACAUGUAUUGACCUGAUUGCAGACUACGAGUGCAUCUGUCCUGCAGGCUUUAUCGGCAAGAAUUGCUCUGUGUUGGUCUCUGCUCUGUGUGACUCAGACGUUGAGCUCUGUAAAAAUGGCGGAACUUGCUCUGUCACGGCCACUGGAGAGAAAUAUUGCAAAUGUCACCCAGUUAGUCCUUUAUCACGCAGACAGGAACUCUCCUGCAUGAAGGGCUGGCAAAUACUUGAAUGUGUGUGUCAACAUGGGUAGGCUGGGCCUCACUGCAAAACACUUAUGAACCACAGUGUUGAUAGCUCAUGUCAACAUGGAUCAAUGUGUGUGUCUCUGUGUGUGGGUCUUUCAAGAGGGUUCAAGUGUGAUUGUUUGCCAGGUUUAACAGGACAGUUUUGUGAGACCGACAUUGAUGAUUGUGAAGAACAGCCAUGUGGAGCCCUGAGUGUUUGUGAAGACACCCUGAACGGCUACAAUUGCUUCUGUGCACCUGGAUUUAUCGGAAAUAACUGUGAGAUUAAAGUAAACGAAUGUCUCAGCUUGCCCUGCCUAAAUGAAGGCUCCUGUGUUGAUGAGCUCAACUCAUUCCACUGUCAGUGUCCUCCUGGAGUCACAGGGAAUUACUGUGAAGUCAAUAUAGAUGAGUGCUUAUCUUCUCCCUGCCUGCACAAUGCCACAUGUCUUGACCUUCUCCACGGCUAUAAAUGUGUUUGCAGCAGCGGCUUCACAGGUUCCGAGUGUGAGCUCGACAUUGACGAGUGUGUUUCAUCUCCCUGCAAGAAUGGAGCCUCCUGCAUUGACCUGCCUGGUAGUUACCUCUGCCAAUGCAGCCGUCCAUUUAAAGGACAUAAUUGUGAGUUCCUCCCCUGUGAGGCCAGAAAUCCCUGCGAGAACGGUGCAGUGUGUGAGGAAGAGUUGGAUGAGGACCAUUUCCCUCUGGGUUUCCACUGUCACUGUCUGCAGGGCUUCACCGGCCCCCGCUGUGAAAUUAAUGUGGAUGAGUGCAGCUCCAGUCCCUGUUUUCACGGCUUCUGCUAUGAUGUCGUAGACGCCUUUCACUGCCUUUGUGACCCCGGUUACACCGGACCGAGGUGUGAGCAGGACAUCGACGACUGUGUGGACAAUAUGUGCAGCAACAGGUCCAUUUGCAGAGACCGACACCUGAGUUAUGAGUGUUUGUGCCAUCCUGGUUGGGAGGGGGAGUACUGCCAACAAGAAAUUGAUGAAUGUUUAUCGCAUCCCUGCAAAAACAACGCCACCUGCAUGGACCUUCUCCACAGCUACAAGUGUUUGUGCUCACCGGGCUGGACAGGUCUGGAGUGUGCAGAGGAUGUGAAUGAGUGUGAUUCGGCUCCGUGUUUAAAUGGGGCUCGGUGUCAGGAGUCAGACAUACCUGGCCAGUUCUCCUGCACCUGCCCCCCCUUCUACACUGGCCCCCUGUGCAACCAGCCUUACGACCCCUGCGACCCCCUUCACAAUCCGUGCCUGCAUGACUCCACCUGCCUGACACGCUCCAAUGGAACUGUCUCCUGCCGAUGCCCAGCUGGAUUUGAAGGAAGUCGGUGUGAAAUCGACACCAAUGAGUGCAACUCAAAUCCGUGUCAAAACCAGGGAGAGUGUGUGGACCAGGUCAGUGGGUACAGCUGUCAUUGUAAGCCGGGAUUUUCAGGCCUUGUCUGUGAAGAAGACAUUGAUGAAUGUGUGACUAAUCCCUGUCAGAGUGAGGCCACAUGUAAAGACCUGGUGAAUGGAUUCUGUUGCCUUUGCCCUCCGGGUUAUUUUGGAACGCUGUGUGACCUGGAUGUGAACGAGUGUGAAGUUUCACCUUGCCAACAUGAGGGCAUCUGUAUCAACACGCCUGGCGGCUUCAAGUGUGUGUGUCGCCCUGGAUACUCAGGCCUCCGCUGUGAAGUCAACGGGGACGAGUGUGUUUCGAACCCGUGCCAGAACAGAGGAAGAUGUAUCGAUGCACCCAAUCGAUUCCGCUGCUUGUGUCGUGGAGGCUUCAUGGGGCUCCGCUGUGAGACAAACAUUGAUGAAUGUGCGUCAGCACCUUGUCUUCGAGGAAGCUGUGAAGACGGAAUUGAUUCGUACUCCUGUCGGUGUGAUCCUGGAUGGACUGGCAGCAGAUGCGAAUCAAACAUCCAUGACUGUGCUUCCAGUCCGUGUUCUCACGGAGGCUUGUGUGUGGAUCUCGUAGAUAAAUAUGCGUGUUUCUGCCAGGAGGGUUUCACUGGGAAAAACUGUGAGAAUGAUGUCGACGUCUGCGGGGAGGCUGCUGCUCACGUCUCUCUGUGUUUGAACAGAGCCACCUGCGUUGAUGGUCCUGGAGCCAACUUCACAUGCAGCUGUCCACCAGGUUUCACGGGGGAGUUCUGUGAAGUGGAUGUUAACGAAUGUUGCUCGGCUCCCUGCCACAACGGUGCCAUUUGCCAAGAUCUUAUUAAUAGCUACAUCUGCCACUGCAGGUCAGGUUGGACAGGCCUUCACUGUGAGGAUGACAUUAAUGAGUGCCUUCCACAGCCCUGCAACCAGGGGAUAUGCAUUCAGAAUGAUCCGGGCUAUGGCUACACCUGUUUCUGUCGUCCUGGAUUUGUGGGGAAGAACUGCGAGCAGAACUAUGACGACUGUCUGUCCGGUCCAUGCCCAGCAGCGUUUUCCUGUGUUGAUGGCAUCAACAAGGUCAGCUGCCUGCCUCCAGUUAUGGAUGCUGUUCCCUCGGCGACUGUAUUGAAAAGCGUCACUCAUGGCUCCACACCUAAAGUGUCGAUACCAUCACUCAAUCCCACACCCAGAGCAGAGACAACCACAGAUUGGAGCUAUGUUCACUACUUUGGGAAUUCAUACCUGGAGUUUGAGGAUAUUGACCCGAAUGCACUGGAAAAUAUUAUUGUGAGGUUCCACACCCGUGAGGCCCAAGGAACUGUGUUUUAUGCAGACCAAGGAGCCACCGGUGGUGAUUUCUUCUUCGUGAAGCUCUUCAUCUUGGAUGGAAACUUGCAGUACAGUUUUCAGUGUGGACAUGAGAAUGUAACACACAUCAGUGUGUUAACUCGUGUAGACGAUAACAAGGUUCACCUGGUCAAUGUCAGACAACAUCUGACUCCAUGUGAAGCAGAGCUGACUCUUUCUGGACACCAGAAAAUCAAAAGUACACCAAGUACUCCUCAGGUGGGACACACAGUACGAGGCAAAGCCCAUGUCUUCACCGGGGGUCUACCACAGCACUAUCACCCCCAUCAGAAGGCAAAAACAUUCUAUAACUUCACUGGCUGCAUUGAGGUCAUUGAAGGCAACACCCUGAGGAGAUUUUCACCAUCUGAUACCACAGGACACAGCAAUGUUGACCAAUGCAGAUACAACGUACAAGCUACAACAACAACAGUUUCCUCAACUCUGACAAAUCAAUCCACCCUGUCUGAGACAGCCAAUAGGACAACAGUGGAAGCUUCCACACAGAGACCCAGCUCUGCUCUGCAUGAGUCCCAGGUUUGUCGUGAAGAUUCCUGCCACAAUGGAGGAACGUGUCACCUGCUGCAGCUCCCAGGAGGAGCCAUGACUUCCUGCCACUGCCGCCUUUACUUCACUGGAAAACUCUGUGAGAAAGAUGCCAACGUAUACAUUCACUCGUUCGAUGGCGCUUCCUAUUUGGAACUCCAGCCUCUUGCGCUCCUGCUGCAGACUCCAGUGACAGCGACCGCCAAUGACUCCAUCGUUACUCUCCAUCUGACGCUGAAAAGCAGAUCUGCACAGGGCACCAUCCUCUACACACGGCAGAACCUUGGAGAUCAGUUCCUCCAUAUCUUUCUUCAAGAUGGAACUCCGGUGGCUGAACGUGGAUGCGGUGGCGGUCACGUUCUAAAUGUAGCAGCAGACCAGAACAUCAACAUCAAUAGAUGGAUGUCAAUCACUGUGCGAUACAAGGUGAGGUCAUGUGUUAUUGAAAUAGCAGCAGAUAAUGGCACAGCUUGGCGUCUGGAGGAGUACGCGUCACAUCCCAUGUCAGAGGCAACGUUUGGUCCUAUAAUUCUUGGCGAUGUGUCAUCCCAUUGGGAGAUGCAUGGCAACGGUUCAAGGGGAGCAAAGAGAUUCAUCGGCUGUAUCAGGGAACUUCAGGUCAACUCUAAGGAGAUUUACCUGCUGGGUGAGGCGGUGAAAGGGAGGAACAUCAAAAACUGCGAUCCUCCUGUCUGCCAGCAGCUUCCAUGUCGUAAUGGAGGAACUUGUGUCAGCGAUGCUGACGACUGGUUCUGCGAGUGUCCCCCACUCCACACUGGCGUGCUUUGCCAGUUCAGUGCCUGCGAGCGCAACCCCUGCGGUCAUGGAGCCACGUGUGUCCCGAAGUCACCACUGGAGUUUGUGUGUCUCUGUCCCUAUGGAAGACAAGGACUGCUGUGCGAUGAACCCAUCCACAUCACUCGUGCCAGAUUCAGUGGGAGCGAUGAGCUGGGUUACACCUCCUUCCUGGCCCACACCUCCAUGCCCGGCCUCAGUGCCUUCUACGAGUUCAGGCUGAGGUUCACCCUGGCCGACAAUUCAUCUGCCGUGAAAGACAACCUGAUCCUGUUCGCUGGGCAUAAAGGACAAGGGAAUGACGGUGACGACUUCCUCGUCCUGGGGCUACGAAGUGGCCGCGUUCUUCAUAGAUUCAACCUGGGAUCAGGUGUGGCGACCAUCGUCAGUAACCCAAUCGACCGACGCCUCACAGUUCACACUGUGAUAUUUGGCAGAUCAAAGACAGCAGGAUGGCUGAAGGUAAACGGUCAACGCACCAGGACAGGAUCGUCUCCAGGACCCCUGGCGAGACUGGGUGCAUUCAGCCACCUUUUUGUUGGUGGAUAUAAUGAGUACACCCCUGAACUGCUGCCAAUUGGCUCCAGAUUCCAUCAUGGCUUUCAGGGCUGCAUAUUUGAUGUACAGUUUCGCACAGGCACAGACAGAAAAUUCCAAUCCCUGGGACAGCCAGCCUUCGGACGCAGCGUGGGUCAGUGUGAGGUCACUCAGUGUGAUCAUCUCCACUGCAGAAACGGGGGAACGUGUGUGGACUCCGGCUCAUCUGUGUAUUGCCAGUGCCUAUUUGGAUGGAAGGGAGCUCUCUGUUCUGAGACUGUGUCUGUGUGUGAUGUUCAGCACAGCCCCCCUCCCCUCUGUGCCCACGGAUCCACCUGCAUCCCUCUUCCAAAUGGAUACACCUGCCAGUGCCCCCUGGGGACUGCGGGGCUGUACUGCGAGAGAGGCGUGACCAUCAGUGAUCCAUUCUUCAAUGGCAGCCGCUCCUCCUGGAUGUCAUUCGCACCAAUGACCCUCAGACACAGGAGUGUUUUUCAACUGCAGUUCCAACCUCUGUCACCAGAUGGCAUUCUUGUCUACGUUGCACAGCAUCUGAGUGCUCGAGCCGGUGACUUUCUCUGCCUGUUCCUGAAAUCUGGGUAUGUCCAGCUAAGGUACGAUAUGGGAGAUGGCGUCCACUCACUGCAGUCUACUGAGAAAGUAGAUCUGCGUGGACAGACCUGGCACACGGUGAAAGCAGGACGAAUCGGGCGACACAGCUUCCUCAGUCUGGAUGAUGAAGAGGUCAGAGAGAAUGUAACUGCAGGGAUGAGCACCUUAGAUGUGGCUACAGACAUUUUUGUAGGAGGAGUGUCCACUCUGAGUCUGGUCUCCACUGACACUACUGGAGGAGAACCAGUGGGCUUCACUGGUGGCUUGAGAGAACUUAUAAUGAAUGAUCAAGAGCUUGAUUUGACACAGAACAGUGCAGUGAGUGGAGCAAAUGUGGAGGACUGGGAUGGGACGGCCUGCGGGUACAAAAUCUGCCAGAACGGAGGUCAGUGCAGACCAAAAGGAACUGACUCAUUCGUAUGUCUGUGUCCACCGUCAUGGACCGGUUCUGUGUGCAACCAGUCUGUAGGCUGUGCAAACAACCUCUGCAGACACGGAUCAUCAUGUUCUCCAUCCAGUGAAGGCUCAUACAGAUGCAUCUGCCCCUUACCAAGAGGUGGGAGGUUCUGUGAGGCACGGCUGCAACCAGACAUUUUAAAGUUUGUGGGAAACUCCUACGUUAAAUACCAGGAUUCCAGAUACAACACAAGGAACCUGAAACACACACAGAUAGCUUUCAGUUUCAAGACGAUUUCAAACACCAGUUUGAUCAUGUGGAUGGGAAAGGCAGAGGAUGUAGAUGAUGACUACCUGGCAGUCGGACUUGAGGAUGGCCUCCUGAAAAUCGCAGUAAACCUGGGGGAAAGACUUUCCCUCCCUUUUGUAUACAGAAAUCUCACGUUGUGCUGCGACAAGUGGCACAACAUCUCCAUUUCCUUAAACAGCACCAUCAUUCAGGUGUUCCUCAACAGGAGGAGAAUUCAUUUGGAAGAUCUGGAUCCAUCUGAGCGUUACGUGGCUCUUAACUACAGAAGUCAUCUUUACUUUGGGAGGUUUGAAUUACACAGAAACAUUUCAGUGGUGACUUCUGGGUUGUUUUCCAAGGGCUUUAAGGGGAAGAUUAAGAACAUUAUUUUGUUUGAAGACAUCAAACCAGUGCAGUUUCUCGAAAAUAGUGAGGGUUUCAAUGUCCAUGAUGGUAAUGAUGACUAGUCAAUCAGGAACACGGUUCAAACUAGGUGUUAUGUGUUUUACUAACAAAACAUAUUUUUAAAAGUAACACAAUUCUCCCCAGAUUUGCAUUUUAAAUUUCUCAUAUAUUUCAGUUUUCUGUCUAGGUCAUCAUCAGUCAACUGUGCACCUCCUUUUCAUAUAAGACAAUGUUUUAAAAUCAACAAUAAAAAAAGGAUUAACUUUAUUGCGAACUGUACAGAAACACAGUGCAAGGGCCAACUGUUACUCACGUAUAUUACAAGCCAAAAUGUACACACUUUUCAGUAGAAAGAAUGCUAAAAAAUAUUAAAGGAAAUUAAAAAGAAAAACAA